AUGAAGUCUCAACCCGCCUUUACACUCUUCCCACAGCUUGCGUUUGAGCUGCGCCUCCGCAUUUGGGAAGCUGCAUUCCCGGUCCUCUCCACCUCUUCUGUCACAGUUCCGAUCCAAAUCGACCGAACAAUCCACCUACUCUAUACCACGUCCACAGUGGUUCCCGCUCGAAUUUACUACACCUACAGACUCAGUGCUCCCUUAGCACCUCUUCCUCCACCACAUACCAACCGCGAAGUGUACAACGAGUACCAACGUCGUUAUCCCGUGAUUCUCGACCUUCUACCUGAUCUCCACGACCCAGCUAGCUCAACAAACAAAGGAGCCAACUCAGCCAACGCAGGCGCACAAAAGAUCCGUUUCAACCCCGACAAAGACACAAUAUUCAUCGACUUGCAUUCCUUGUUUUCGCUGUCAGACAUCUUACAGAGCCCACCGAGCCUGAAAACAUUGGCUCGUUUCAGCGGUUUCGACCAGAUCCGUCACCUCAGCACACCACUGGAUAAACCGAACAUAUUUGGCUUAUUCCACCUUACGCGCUGGCUGUUCACUGGUCUGCCAUCUACGCCGGCAUCCGCCUCUACCUCUAACCCUAAAGACACCCUCACAUCUCAGAUCCAGUCAAUAGCCUUCGACAUCUCCUUCCACCCCUUGUCCAAAGGAGCACACGCGACGGAAGUGGAUGGUCCUCACGUCCAUCCCGGCGAGUCCAUGAUCGACAGACUUUUGUUGAACAUCUCUAGAAUAAACUCCGUGGAUGAAGUGUUCGCGGAUGAAUUAGAUAUGAAGUUGAGGCCGUGGGAGCAACGGAGGAUCGAAGCCCAUUACCCAUCGAGGGACGAGUAUUUACAGUUGCGUGCGGAGCGUAGGAGUUUGCAACGCAGAAUCGACGCACAGCUUUCAGACUUUUUUCAGGAGGUGUAG